AUGAGUUUUCAAUGGACUUUUCUUGCAACAUUUCUCUAUUGUGAAUUGAUUGUUGUUAUUAUUUUACUUUUACCAUUUAUUUCACCAAGAAUUUGGCAAAAAUUUUUUAAUUCAAGACUUGCUAAAGCAUUUACAGCUGGAGCUAAAUAUUAUUUUAAUUUUAUUAUAUGUGUUUUUGGUUUACUUUUUCUCGAUUCAAUUCGUGAACUUCGUAAAUAUGCAAAUGUUGAUUCGAAAGAUUUAUCAAUGCCACAUGCUGAAGCUCAUGCACGUAUGAAACAAUUUCGUUCACAAAGAAAUUUUUAUAUUGCUGGUUUUGCUCUUUUUCUUUGGUUUGUUAUUAAACGUUUAAUAAAUCUUUUAGUAGCAUGUGCUCGUGAAAUGAGUGCAGCUGCUGAAGCACAUAAACAAGCUGAAGGUGCAACUCGUCAUUUAGAAGGAGUGAUGGCUAAAGAUCCAACAAAAAUUGAUCCACGAGAAAUUAUAGCAUCACCUAAUAAUCCACCACGAUAUGUUGAGGCAAAAGAACAUGAAUUUGAAAUUAAAAAAUAUAAGCAAGAAAUAAGUAAAGCAAAAGAAGAUAUUGAUACAUUACGUAAAGAAUAUGAGCAAUCAAUGAAAAAAUAUAAUGAACUUCAAGAUGAACACCAAAAAUCACAAAUUCAAUUAGCUAAGUUAUCUGAUAAUGAAUCAUCAAAAGACAAAUAA